CGCGCCGCUUCCGGUCUCCAGCGCCAAAGCGAAUGACUUCCCCCUCUGUGGGGCUGGAGCGGGGCUUGCUGCGACCCCACGGAGCCCACGAUCGCGCUUCCCCAGCCAGCGAGUCCGCCAGCACCAGCGUCCCACCGGCGCCUGGGACCAUGGCCACCGACUCAUGGGCCCUGGCGGUGGAUGAACAGGAGGCAGCGGCCGAGUCGUUGAGCAACUUGCAUCUUAAGGAAGAGAAAAUCAAACCAGAUGCCAAUGGUGCUGUUCUCAAGACCAAUGCUAAUUCAGAGAAGGCAGAUGAAGAAGAGAAAGAAGACAGAGCUGCCCAGUCUUUACUCAACAAGCUGAUCAGAAGCAACCUUGUCGAUAACACGAACCAAGUGGAAGUCCUGCAGCGGGACCCAAAUUCCCCGCUCUACUCUGUGAAGUCCUUUGAGGAGCUUCGGCUGAAACCACAGCUUCUCCAGGGAGUCUAUGCCAUGGGCUUCAACCGUCCAUCCAAGAUACAAGAGAAUGCAUUGCCUUUGAUGCUUGCUGAGCCCCCACAGAACUUAAUUGCCCAGUCUCAGUCUGGCACUGGUAAAACAGCUGCCUUCGUGUUGGCCAUGCUCAGCCAAGUAGAACCUGCAAAUAGAUACCCCCAGUGUCUGUGCCUCUCCCCAACUUAUGAGCUCGCCCUGCAAACAGGAAAAGUGAUUGAACAGAUGGGCAAAUUUUACCCUGAACUGAAGCUAGCUUAUGCUGUCCGAGGCAAUAAAUUGGAAAGAGGUCAGAAGAUCAGUGAACACAUUGUCAUUGGCACCCCUGGGACUGUUCUGGACUGGUGCUCCAAGCUCAAGUUCAUUGACCCUAAGAAGAUCAAGGUGUUUGUUCUGGAUGAGGCUGACGUGAUGAUAGCUACUCAGGGCCACCAAGACCAGAGCAUCCGCAUCCAGAGGAUGCUGCCCAGGAACUGCCAGAUGCUGCUUUUCUCUGCCACCUUUGAAGACUCUGUAUGGAAAUUUGCCCAGAAAGUGGUCCCAGACCCAAACAUUAUCAAACUGAAGCGUGAGGAGGAGACGUUGGACACCAUCAAGCAGUAUUACGUCCUGUGCAAUAACAGAGAUGAGAAGUUCCAGGCCUUGUGUAACCUCUACGGGGCCAUCACCAUUGCUCAGGCCAUGAUCUUCUGCCACACCCGCAAAACGGCUAGUUGGCUGGCAGCAGAGCUCUCCAAAGAAGGCCACCAGGUGGCUCUGCUGAGCGGCGAGAUGAUGGUGGAGCAGAGGGCUGCGGUGAUCGAGCGCUUCCGAGAGGGCAAAGAGAAGGUGCUGGUGACCACCAACGUGUGUGCCCGCGGUAUUGAUGUUGAACAGGUAUCUGUCGUCAUCAACUUUGACCUUCCCGUGGACAAGGAUGGGAACCCGGACAACGAGACCUACCUGCACCGGAUCGGGCGCACGGGCCGCUUUGGCAAGAGGGGCCUGGCAGUGAACAUGGUCGACAGCAAGCACAGCAUGAACAUCCUGAACAGAAUCCAGGAGCAUUUUAAUAAGAAAAUAGAAAGAUUGGACACAGAUGAUUUGGAUGAGAUUGAGAAAAUAGCCAACUGAGAAGCUCCAUCAGUCACCAGUGCCCACCCCUGGUGCUCCCCCUGCACGGGAGACUGGUGCUUUCACGGCACAGGCCUCGACAGUCGCCACAAAGAAGAGGAGGCAGAGGAGAGAGAAACUACCUACCUCAUUUUAAAUUACGUUUGGACUUUACAAAAAUUGUGCAAAUGAUGGGGGAAGGUAGAAAAAAAUUGUUUACACAACUCUUGAAGAUUAGGCGUGAAUACACAGAAAUUUGCCUUUUGAAA